CGAAUAUAGUGAUCACUCCGAACAUCACAUCACAACCCCACCACUGCUUUCCUACGUGAAGUACCCCAGCGCGAUGCCGAUGAUCCCGCGUGUGCUUCCUGUGCCAGCCUCUCUAGCGCGAUGGAAACAACCUUGGGAUAACUUGAGGGAUUCCACUGCGGCACGAGAAAGAGAAGGGAAGGCAUGGCUUGCAGUCCUAUCUGCUCGAUGGACGCAACAUCAAGUCUCAGAUGCAGAUGCAGCUAGUCAAAGGACGACCCCAGAACCGUCUCAAACGCGUUACCUCCCUGCCAUCUCAACUUCUUUUCGCUCCGACAAGAUCAUGGAUCCCGUCUGUGUUUCCUCAGUUAUCAUUAACCGAAAGGGCCAAAACGCUCCAAGGAAUCAAUGAAAAGAUCGAUAUCGGCGAUGGACUGUUGCCCUUGUCACGCGUGCGCCCCCGGUCCGGCUUUCUCUUUCGACGACUAGUAAUGAUGGAAGUGGUACCAUUGGCCUGCUGAUUUAGGCCCUGAAGUCUUUCGUGA